ACAUUUGAAGGUGUCGAAUCGAACAUUAUCAACUGUCUUCAAAUUAACGAACGUCUUUGUAAAAGUUUAAUUAUUGAAUAAAAACAGAUAAAAGCAAAAACACUCGACACGUUUAUCAUGUCAGUAAAAAAGAAAGUAUUGAUGAUAUGCCUGGGAAAUAUCUGUCGCUCGCCUUUGGCUGAAGCCGUAUUCGCAGACUUUAUAAGGAGGAAAAAACUCCACGAUUUAUGGGAAGUCGAAAGCGCUGCACUUAUCGGCUAUCACACAGGGAAAAAUCCCGAUCAUCGAGCAAUUGCUACGCUAAAGAAACACGGCAUAACCGAUUAUGUUCAUAAAGCAAGACCGAUCAAUAAGUCAGAUUAUGAUAAAUUUGAUUGGAUAUUUGGAAUGGACGAAGAUAAUAUAAGGGAGCUAGAACGACUUAGGCCAGCAAAUAGUCGCGCAGUGAUUGAACUUCUUGGUAAAUACGAUCCGGAGGAAGAACUGAUCAUCAGAGAUCCUUACUAUGACAGUGAUUCGGAAGGAUUUGAAAAAGCUUACAUACAAUGCGUCAGGUCAGUAGCCGCAUUUUUAGAAAAACACAAAUGAAAGAUCCACUUACUUCACCCGGUGACCAGUAACAUAAACCUCGACGAUAUUGCGAUCAUCACCUGAGUGAAUCAGCCUCUCAAGCCUGUUCUCUAAGCUGUAUUCAAUUAAAUUGUCAAGUGGCCCGCUCGAUCCGUUUAAG